AUGACUUUCACCGAACUCGUAAUACCAUCAUUGGUUCAAUCAGAUGAAGCCCGUGAAGCUUUCAAUAAUAAUAUUCUUCCAGCCCUUAUAUCUAUGGCAUCUCAAUUUCCAGGUUUCAUGCUCAGCGUGAGCGGUCAAAUAUCGAUUGAAAACAAUGAAGCUGUACUGGAAUCAAUCUUUCAGCCGUUCCUAAGUCUUGAAUGGGACGACUCGCAAAGUUUCUACAACGCCACCCAAAGCGAGAAGUUCCAAGCUUUUGGCGCGACUUUCAAAUCAUAUUUCACUGCUCCACCGAGCCCACAAGUAUAUGAGACUGAUAUCUCACCAAGAGAUAUUUUUGCAUCGCCAGUCACCGAUGUCUUCAGAAUUAACAUUCGUGAUGAUCCUAUGAGAGAGGCUGCAGCCAAAACGGCAUGGGGCGAACUGGUAAAGGCAUUAGGAGAUGCAAAAGUCCUGAAUGGUCAACGGGAAAGGACAUUAGAGAAGGCAGCACAUUUGAAAAAGAAUCUUGAGAAAUUGGAUGAUGCUCAGUCAUUUACGCCGAUCACGCAAUUGAAUAUGCUUUUGCCACGAUUAUUACCCAACUCGGUCAUUUUGUCCAUUGCCAGUACUUCUUCACGAAGUUCAUUUCAAGAUGUGACUAUGUUGUCGCGUCGACAUAGCUCAAACUCUGCCUCGAAAUCUUUGCGGCCUGUUACCGACGAUGACCGAAGGAGAAUCUAUAUUAUGGGGACGGACGUCAAAGCAAGAUUCCUCGCAUACUCUCUGGCAUCCUUACCUGAUCCUCCACCAGUCACGUUUCUUGCAUUGAGUCCUGAACCGUUCCACAGUUUCGAAAAGGGUGAGACGAAGCUUACUAUGCUAUAUCAAGCUAAGAACUUCGAAAAGCACACAGUUGCGGGAGUUGGUAUGGAGGUUAUCGCGCAGACUUCUCAUGAAUCAGAGAAGCUUUUAAACCCAAAGCGAGACAUUGGAAGCCGUCUGUUUUUGGCCGCAAAAGGAGGUGUUAAAUGGAUAGUUUACCCAGUUUUUCGAAUCGUCACCGCGCUUGACCCACUAGAUGAACGUGAUCGCGAAUAUCUCAAAGUCUCACCAGACCGGAUCGAAUCUGGUGUGUGUGAUGAUGGAAAUUUUGAUCUGAGCGACGCAUCUCGACCAACUUUUCUGACUACAUCUGUGAACUUAAAGCUCUCCAAUCCGCCGAAAUUUCGGCAUACCUUCCGUACAGCUCUGCCUCCCUUGCUGCAGUAUGAACAUGUUGCUGCGUCCGAACAUAGGUUUAAUGGAAAUCCCAAGAUUGAUGAAUCAAAUACACAAUUCACAACUGAAGAUGCAGAUUUUUCGUACACCGUGAUUAUCGGGGGUUUUAUGCCGAAGAAUCAUGGCCUUCACAUUAGUGACUACGAUGGUCCUUCAGGCCGGCAAAAUACUUCUCAUUAUCUGCUGAAAUGUCUCAAAAGAUCAAUGAACCACCAAUUAUACGAUUUUUUUCAUCAUACAAAACACGAUCCGUUUACUACUACUUAUAAUCAGAUAAGGGGCACGAUAUGUCGUGACGUUGUAGAGUUGCUUUGCAUUCAUUUUGACUGUCAGCCGAAUGAAUUAAUUGAGAUAAAAGAACGGCGAGCACUUGCCGUCAAGCUAAUCGUUGAGGCAUUGAAAGUUACGAGACAAUACCUGCCAGCACAUUUUGACGUCCGUACUGUAGCAAAUUGGUUGAAUGAUUUUAUACAAGCACAAGAACGGCCCACACCAUUUCCUGUACUUAUCGAUAUUGGCAAUGGUAUUGCGCGAUUUCAUGAUUCAGAAUGGCUAAUCAGACAUGGUAAGCAGUUGAGACCGCAAGUACCAUGUCCAGAACAUGAGAGACUUUUGCAGCUUGCCAAGGAUAAAGCAAAAAUGCAGAGACACCGUGAAGUAGAGCGUCUCGAGAAAGCAUACGCACAAAGAAUCCAGAGCCGGCGUAAUGCAAAGGUUCAGAGGUUGAAUAAUCUGGAAUACAAGCGGGAGAAGGAAGAGUGGCGCAUCAGAGAGAAUCUCGGGAAACAAGAGAUUCCUGUCAACUACACUGCUCCGCAGAUUCACAGAUUAGAGUCUCUGGAACGGAUAUCUGUUUCGGUAAAUGGCAACGGCAAGACAUGGUUCGCCAACACAUCACUUUUCUCUUAA